AUGGCUGCACAGUCUCACGAUGAUAAGUUACUGAUCCAUUUUUUCCAAGACAGCUUGACUGGGUCAGCUGCUCGGUGGUACGUACAGCUAGAUCGAAACAGUAUUAAGACUUGGAAAGACUUAGCAAGAGCCUUCAUAGCCCAAUACAAGCAUGUGGCUGAAUUAGCCCCUGAUCGGUUGUCAUUGCAAACUAUGAAAAAGAAGCAAAGCGAGAGCUUCAAGGAAUAUGCCCAAAGGUGGAGAGAUACAGCAGCGCAAGUUCAGCCACCUCUCACUGAUAAGGAGAUGACUGUGUUGUUCAUAAACACACUCCGAGCUCCAUUCUAUGAGCGCUUGAUCGGCAAUGACACGAAAAACUUUGCAGAUUUGGUCUUAUCGGGAGAAAUAAUAGAAGGAGCUAUCAAAAGUGGAAAAAUUGAAGGACAUGAAAUUACCAGCUCAAAGAAAGGGAGUACACCCAAGAAGAAAGAAGGGGAUGUGCAAGCAGUCGCUCACGAUAGCCAACAAGCCCAUAACUUUAACCCAUAUUACCCAGGACCUAAAACUACCCUAGAGAGACCAAAGUUUGAUCCUAUUCCAGUCUCUUACACUACAUUGCUGCCACAACUCAUAGAAAAUCGACUCCUUGCUCGAACCCCUUUACAACCACUCCGACCACCUUUCCCGAAAUGGUACGAUCCGAAUGCGCAUUGUGAUUACCAUUUUGGAAUUCAAGGGCACUCCACCGAGAAUUGCACUGCUUUAAAACACAAGGUCCAAGCGCUCAUUAAGGCAGGGCUUUUAAAUUUUGCCAAAAAAGACAGUUCGAGUGUUGAUGGGAACCCGUUACCUAAUCAUGGAAGAUCGACUGAGAAUGCCAUACAUGAAGGGAUGAUUCGAAGGGUGAAAAAGGGUAUUGAUGAGAUUCAAAAGUCAAUGGAUAAAGUGUUUGAGGCGUUGUCUAAGAUGAAUGUAAUCACUCCAGAACCCAUCGACACAAAGGAAUUGGGGCAUGAUCUCGCUUAUUCUUGCAAAUUUCAUAUGGGGGCAAUUGGGCAUUCUAUUCAAAAUUGUGAUAGCUUUCUUGGUAAGUUGCAAGAAUUGAUGGAUUCAUCGGUAAUUGAGUUUUAUGAAGAAGCCGAAGAGAAUCUGGUCGGAACCAUAAAUGGAGACACCCCAGAUGAAGUGGCAUCGAGUUCAUUCGGGGCAAACAAACCUAAACCUCUCACCAUCUUCUAUGAAGAAAACAGAAGCCCGAUGAAUGAUACAUCCCCUACUAUGAUCAGGAGUGGUAUUACCAUCGAAGUCCCCAACCCAUUCCCUUACAAGAGCGAUAAGGCUGUCCCAUGGAAUUAUGAGUGUAAUAUUUUGGGCACAGCUUCAUCCGCCCCCCAAGCAUCUUAUGAAAAUCUAACUGGUGUGGGGGGUAUAACGCGAAGUGGGCGAUGUUAUUCCCCUGAGAUAACGGAAAGAUUUGGAAAAGGAAAACCAGCACAGGGAGAGGGAGGCCUAAAGAAAGCAUAUACCUUUUCCAAGGACCAAGUUGACGAAUCUGUAGCGACUCCGAACAAUGAGGUCAAAAAUCCUGUUACCGAGAAAGAAGCGGGUGAAUUUCUCAAGUUUAUCAAGCACAGUGAAUACAGCGUGGUAGAACAAUUAACCAAGAUGCCCGCUCGCACCUCGUUGUUGUCCUUACUGUUGAAUUCGGAAGCACACAGGAACGCGUUGCUCAAAGUCUUGAACCAAGCUUAUGUGGCACCAGAUAUAUCAGUGGAAAAGUUAGACCACAUCGUGGGGAACAUUACAGUGGGAAACUUCAUUGCCUUUAAUGAUGAAGAAAUACCAUCGGGUGGUCGAGGAAGUAACAAAGCGCUGCACAUUACCAUCAAAUGCAAGGACCAUGCCGUACCUAGGGUCUUGGUCGAUAAUGGUUCCGCUUUAAAUGUCAUGCCUCGCUCUACUUUAACCAAGUUGCUAGUAGAUGUGUCGUAUAUGAGAACCAGCCGCAUGGUUGUAAGGGCUUUCGACGGGACCACAAGGGAGGUGGUAGGGGACAUUGAACUACCGAUAAAAAUUGGCCCUUGCAUUUUUGAGGUCCAAUUUCAAGUCAUGGACAUUGCCCCGUCCUACAAUUGCUUAAUGAGAUGGAGAAGAGAAUACUUACCAAUUCCCAGAUCAAACAAGAAGUACAGGGCUAAAUCGGUCCAAGUGUUUGAGACGGCAUUGCUAGGGGACUACUCUAUCUUGAUCAAGAUUCUAGAUUGA